GCAAGAACUUCUGGGUGUCUGCAGCUGUUUCCCGCCAAGACCCGCCAUUAGUUUACGUUGAGAGGCGGUAUCGGGGUCGGAGUGUUGUAGUGUUGUUGUGAUACGCGAUUUUGGAGGCUGCGAGCCUCCAAAACAAUUAAAGUGAUACAUUCGCGACAUUUCUGAAGAAUCAUGCACUCGGGUACGGCAAUAAAACGUGAUUUUGACGAUAUAUCGGACAGCCAGGACGAACUCGCCGGCAGCGCGUGCAGACUGGAGGACUCGGGGGGCGAGUCGGCGCCGCCGAGAGUCGCCAUGGAACACGAGAAACGCAUCCGCCGGGAGAUCGCCAACAGCAACGAGCGCCGGCGAAUGCAGAGCAUCAACGCCGGCUUCCAGGCUCUGCGCUCCCUGCUGCCGCAGCACGAGGGCGAGAAACUGAGCAAGGCGGCCAUCCUGCAGCAGACGUCCGACUUCAUCUACAGCCUGGAACAGGAGAAGGCGCGCCUGCUGACGCAGAACUGCCAGCUGAAGCGACUGCUGGGCCAGCAGCAGCAGGCCGGCGACUCGGACGCCGCCUCCGCCACCGACAGUCCCGCCUCGGCGCACCGAAACGUCUCCCGAGAGAGCGCCGAGGCUCCGGCACCGAGCGAGGAGGCCGCCGCCGCGCCGGCCGCGCCGGCCGAGCCGGCAGCGCCGCCGCCGCAGGAGGCCGAGGCGGCCUCCAUCCGCCAGGAGCUGUCCGAGCUGCGCGCGCAGCUGGAGCAGGAGCGCCGCCACCGGCUGCUGACCGAGGAUCGGCUGCGGCUGGCCGAGGCGCCGCCGCCGCCCCCGGCCACGCCGUUCGCCGAGCGACUGCACGCCGGCCACGUGCCGCUGCUAAAGCCCAAGGUGGAGCUGGUGGAGGCUCCCCUGGAGCCGGCCGAGCCGCCGCUGACCGGACACGGCCUGGAGCCGCAGACGGCCCUGCUGCUGGCGGACGCUGCCAGCCUGCAGGCGCCGCCCUCCGAGCCGCCGCCGCCGCCCCCACCGCCGCCCACGGUACACACCCCGCACAGGCCGCUGUACGUGGGUUCAGCCACAUCCCGGCAGAACCUGGACACCAUCGUGGAGGCGAUCCGCCACCUGGAGGGCGACCACCUGUUCCAGGACCUCGUGCCGGCGCCCGAGCCGGCGCUCGAGGUCGAGGCCUGCCUGGAGGAGCCCGAGCCGCAGGACGCGCCGCUCGAGCUCACCACGCACGACCGCGCCUCGGCGGCGGCGGCGGCGUCGGACCCGUACCGGCCGGGGGUGAUUGUCCAGCAGCAGCAGCAGCAGCAGCAGCUGGCGCACCACCUGGUCCACCAGCGGCACCUACCGUCGUGAGCGGCGGCCGCUGGGGGCGGCGGGCGCGCGGCCCGCGGCGGCCGGCGCGCGUGGCGUUUGCUCAACUGGCCGGGCGGCGGCGGGCCGCAUCGGCCGCGCGUCUGCCUUAUUCCCUGUUCUUCUGCAUUUACUGAUUUGGACGAGCUUUUUGCGUUUGGUUGUCGCCGGGAGCGGAGAUGUGUACUCAGGUGGGAGGGAACGUGCGGCGGGGCGGGAGGCCGGGUACGAUUCACAGUCAGAUGUGUUCUGUUUGAGUGCGGCCGGAGCGGUGUAUUUAGGUUUCACUGGAGUUUCAGUCGCUGACAGCUCAGACACUGCAGUCUUGCCACUCGCCGCCGCCGCGGUAGUUAUUUCAGUCAGUCGGUGCCGACUCGUCGGCCGCUUUCGGACUUGUUUUGUUCUUCUCAGGCGAGCGCUGCGAACACAGAUGCACACCUUUGUUUUUGAGCUGCUGGUGCCGAUAGCUGUGGACAGCGGUCUUCUCUCGGCGUGGGGCGCUAGGCCGGCCGUGCCGCCCACACCGCGCCGUGGCGGCCUCUAGUGUCACUCCGGCGGCAGGUGGCGCUUCUCAUGGUUUUGUACGCGCGGCGAGUGACCGCCCGAUGCCCUUUUUUGCAGCACGGAUUUCUUGGCUGCUCCGUUACUGUACAUAGCGAGAUCGAGCGACGAGUGCAGGCCCGCGUGCUGAGGAGAGUCUAUGUCACGUUAUUGGUGUUACUACUAAGUACAGAUUAUGUUGUGUGUAAGAUGUGGCCUCACUAGACCUUACUGCAGCUGAGCGAACGACAUUCUUGUAAUAAACAGCUUGUUCGGC